CUAGCCUAACUGAAAUACAGUUUGAACUUUUUUUAAUAAAAAAAAAUUGCUUCAAUUCCCACUUUUUUCUCCGUUUUCUGAAAACCCUAAUUCUCUUCUGAUCCUCCGAAAUCCCCAAAUCACUCGAUUUUGGGGGAAGAUCUCUAUUUUGAUCUCUUUGUGAUCGACGAGAAAUGGAGGAAGACAAAGUUUCGCUCAGGGCGGAUAAAUCAUCCCCCAAAGAAGAACCCGUUCGAGGAGAAGAAUCCGACAAGGACAAAACGGCGGUGGCGGUGGAGUCGGAGGAGCCGCAGAAGAAUUCCGGAGGUUGGGGCUGGGGGUUUUCCGCCUUCUCCGUUCUGUCGGAUCUUCAAAAGGCUGCGGAGGAGAUUUCUCGUAAUGCUGCAGCAGUGGCAGAGAAAGCGGCAAAAAGCAUGGCAGAUUUGCAAGAGGAUGAGGAAGACUCGGAAUCAGCUACCAAGGAGCAAGAGAAAACUGAGGAACCUAAUAAGGGGCAGGAUAGUGAUGAUGAGAAGGAGAAGGUACGGAAGUCUGCUCUGGAUAAACUGGAGAAUGCAAGCGAAGAUACCCUCCUUAGCCAGGGUUUGAAGGUUCUUGAUGAUUCUGUUGAGACUUUCACUUCCGGAGCCUGGCAGGCAUUAGGAAAUGUGUGGAAAGGUGGCACAAGUUUGGUGCAGAAACUUGAAAACAGUAUUCAGCAAGGUGGUUCGCCUCGUACAGCUGGAUCUGUUGCACCGUCUUUACUGGAGACAGGAAAAGCAUUAACAGCUAAGGGAAUGCAAGUACUCGAAUACGUGGGCAAGGAGACUAUUGAUUUAUUGAUCACAGAGACCGGUAUUGACAUUGCAAGGAACAGGGAAAGCCUGGCCAGCGGGGAUCAGCUACAUGAGGAAGUGACAUUCGAUCGGUGCUUUUAUAUUUAUGGAGGUCCAGAACAGCUGGAGGAAUUAGAGUCAUUGUCAAGCCACUAUGCUCUGUUGUUCAACCGGAGAAAGGUUAAACUGUCACCAGAUCAGAAAUCUCUGUAUGAUGGAAAGCUUAAGCAGAUCCAGCAAAUUUUCAGUUUCACUGAUGAAAUUGGUGGAAGUAACGCAGAAUCUGACAAAGGGAAGAAGAUUGAGACACAAACAGAAACUGGUGAGGAUGAGAUGAAGAAUCUGCAUGACUCAAGUGUCAGCAAAGCUGCUAAUAUGGCUGCUGGGUUCACAAACACCUUAGCUGGACUAAACAACAUCAACGAUAUGAUUCAGAGGACUGGCGGCAGGCUUGACUCUCUUCACUCAGAAGGAGUUCAUAGACUGUCGGAGAUGUGCUGUUUUGCAGUCACUCAUCUGCUUAUCGUGGGUAAGUCCAUCAUAUCCCUCGCCAACAAGGUUGAGGAUGAAGACUCUGAGGCCUUAAAAAUCGAGUGGCCAGAGGAUCCCACUGAGAAAGCUAAAAUGAUCAGAGGCAAGACCGAGUCAAUGACCGGAUAUGUUGAAGCCAUUGCAGACAGUUUCAUAACAGGAAUAUCAGAUGUAACAGAAGCAUAUAUACAUGCGGCAGCCGAAUCCAAGGACGAACAUUCGACCCUCGUCCCGGACAAAAGCAGCAGCUUCAAGGAACGUCUUCGUUCAGACAAAACCACGGCUGUUACGAAAAUCCAGGAAGGGCUUCAACACUUAUCUUAUGUCGUGAUAUCGUCUGCCUCGACAUCCUCCGCUUGACACCGAUCAGUCGGAUUCCGGUGUGUAUUCCCUCCUGGUUCUCCUCUCUUUCACACAAUCUUGAAUCUCUGUCUCGUUUCCUUUUGUAGAUAUAUCGUUUCUUAGCCCUUGGUUUAAAAAAAAAAAAAGAAAAAGAACCUUCAAACUUUGCUCU